AUGAACCAACUCCCAUUCCUUAUAAAAUGUCCAAUAGAAUCCAGACAAGAAAAUCUAUCUUUAAGGAGUAUUUCCUCGCCAAGACUGCAGACUACAUUCUUCACUCCAGCAAGUUCACGAUUCGAGCUGAAAACAUCCCACUCGCCUUACGCAUCUCUCACCUACCCCUAUCAGUCUCGCGAGAUUGUUACAAAGUGUCACAAUUGCAGUUACAAAUGUUGCAAUCAAGAAACAGGAAGAUGGUCCAUGAUCUUGAAAGAUCAACUUGAAAGAAAGAAUGAUUUAAGUUCAAAACCAGUUCAUUUGGAUCAAGAACAAUUUUCAAGGCAUCAGAUUUUCCAAGAAACAAGAAGUACGACAGGUAAGACAUUUCUUCUUCUUCGCUUUAUUCCCUGAUGGGUUGAGCUCCUCUGGCACGUUGAUACGAAUAAAUUCUAUUAUGAGGAUCUUCUUCUCUUUUGUUUAGUAUAUCUUCAGAUCUCUUUUCACUGCAUCCUCCAUGUCAUUGUCGGACUUCCAACUGUUCGCUGUCCUCCUAUUUGAUGUCCCCACGCAAACUUGACUGAAUCUCUCUGCAUUCUUUUCAUAUUGUGCCUAAACCAUCACAUUUUCAUUUCUCUUAUCUUCCUUGGCAUCGCUACAUCGCCAGUUUCGGUUGUUAUGAAAUUCCCGAUGAAAUAUCCAGGUUCUGUUCUUCUUUCUUCCGCAAAGCCCAUGUGACGUCUCUGAGCCAUAACUCAUUGGCUCACUAGUUCGGCUACGAUAUAAGUUUCUAUAAUUAUGAAGUCAGGGUUAUACACGAUUGACUAAUUGACUGAGAAAUUAAAUACAAAUUCUUGAAUUUCGUACAAACAUUUAUAGAAGUAGUUCCUCGCCAGAAGUGGCGACAAAGAUGAGAUAACAACCGAACUUAAAUAAACUUAAACCAACUUUUAUAUACUGAAUAGCUUUUGCAGUCCUACACAGUUCUAGAGAUCCAGACAGAGUCAUUUCUUAUUGCAUGGCCAAUGUUACUACGGAAGGGAAACCUAAACUAAAAUAAAUUUGACAAUCAUUUGUGAAAUUGUUCUCCCCAAAGGUUCAAUAAAGGUCAUACCCUGUUGCUUCGGCUAGCAUAGGAGGAAAAUCUGUGUGCACUCUUGCAUGUAACAUGACACGAAAUAACAACGCGGAAAGUGUAUUGAUUGCAGAGAUUGGGCCUUGAUUAUAGAGGAUGUGCCCGCAUCACGUACGCUGACUGCAAUUUCAUUAAUUCGGAGUGAUUGCAUGCCUUCAAACUGUACAAAACUUUGUUUAAGCUGAAAUUUUAUUAUUUCAUAGACGAGCAAGUAGUUGUGAGAGAAACAGCAGCAGAGACAAGUACAACAACUACUUCAGGAAAGAGAACAAGAACCGCUUUCACUCCAAUUCAACUUCUGGUACUGGAAACAGCGUUUGAAAAAAAUCACUAUGUCGUUGGAUUGGAAAGAAAACAACUUGCAGUCUAUCUCAAGUUGACAGAACAACAAGUUAAAGUUUGGUAUCAAAACAGGAGAACGAAAUACAAGAAAAAUAUUCAACAGAAUUUCUAA